AUGGAUAUGAACCACUUAAUAGGUCAGCGUUUCAACCUGAUCUCUAAGAGUGACAUUCGUUAUGUUGGCACCUUGCAUGAAAUCAACCCAGAGGCAUCCACAAUCGCCUUGGAGAAUGUCAUGUCCCAUGGCACCGAAGGUCGUCGCGGCGAUGGAACAGAUGUUCCCCCCUCCAACACUGUCUACGAGUACAUCGUCUUCCGGGGUAGUGAUGUGAAGGACAUCAGUGUCGCAGAAGAAGAAAAGAAGGAGGUUACACAGCCUGAACCCCCUCGGGUUCCUGAUGACCCCGCCAUCCUAGGAAACAAGGACCUGCUCCUGGUCUUCCUCAAGGCCCUCCUCCCCAACAACCACAGGGCGCUCAACAAGCCCCCUCCGGUUACCCCCAACAGCCUCCAUUCCAGGGUGGUCCUUACCCCCCGUACGGUCAGCGCUUUGGUCCUCCACAGUUCCCGCCGGGUCCUGGAUUUGCUCCUUAUGGUGCUCCUCCUCCUGGCUGGUAUCCUCCCCCCUGGUCACGGGUUUCCCCAAGGACCGGGUCAGUUCCCUCCCAAUAUGCCUAUGGGUCCUCCGGGACAGCAGCUACCUCCUCAGCAGCGCCCAGGUCCUCCCGGUGUGCCCCCUCCUGCUAAGGCAACCUCCGAACUACCCGUCGGGGACAAAGUUCCAAGCAAGCCUGCUACCCCCGCUGCACAGAAUGCCCCCACUCCCCCAGUGGAGUCCAAGCCUUCCGUAGCUGAGGCUGUCCAUGGUCUCACCGGUCCAACCGCAAUUCCACAGAAGAAUGGCCGUGUUGUGCCUGCCAUUCCGAUGGCAGUUCCCAAGUCUGCUGCCCCUCAUGCUGCACAAGGAAGUAGUGCUAUUACGGAUGCUACAGCUGCGGCCACCGCUGCUGUCGCUGCCGCGAUGGCCAAGCUCCCCCAGCCAGGCCCUCUAAAGAAACCCGGCCAAGGCGAUUCUGUCGCCGAUGGACUUGCUCGCAUUCGUCACCCGCACAAGAAGAUUGAGGUCCCUGAGUCUGACUAUGACUUUGAGACUGCGAAUGCUAAAUUCAACAAGCAAGACUUGGUAAAGGAAGCCAUCGCCACUGGAACCCCUGCUGCUGAAGCCGAAUCCCAGGCUAGUGCUGAAAUUGAAGCUUACGGCGAGACUGCUGCCAAUGGCACCACCUCGACCAGUGGAACAACUCCUUACAACCGAACCAAUUCCUUCUUUGACAACAUCUCCAGCGAAGCUCGUGAUCGUGAAGAGAACUCAGUUCACCGCGUUGGUGGUCGUGAAUGGCGCGGCGAAGAGGAAAAGCGGAACAUUGAGACCUUUGGACAGGGUAGUGUCGAUGGCUACCGUGGCCGAGGCCGAGGCUACGGACGUGGUCGAGGAUAUGGACGUGGUCGUGGUCCGUAUGGUGGCCGCGGCCGUGGCUAUGGCGGCCGUGGUGGUGGCCGUCCCACCUCCCAGUCCACCGGUGUCCCUUCAUUGGGCUAA